AUGGCAAAUAGCAACGACGUUUCGUCGACCUUCUUGCCAAUAAGUAAUCCUUGUAAGGUCUGCCAUUUGAAUUUGGAUACACCCACAUCAUUACAAGUACAUUUACAGUAUCAUAACGAGAAUUUGUUCUUAAAGUGGGGGAUGGCAAGCAUUCAAAAUGAUUCAGAUAAUAACAACGGUAAAUUGACGAACGAGACCACAGUGUCGGCUCCAGCCGAUUCUAGCGACAGCAUGAUUACUAAACCGAGUCCGGAAUUUCAACAAAGGGCAACACCAGAAACGACAGUUCAGUUUCCGCAUCCGGCUACACCUCAAAGUUAUCAUAGUGCUCCAUCACCAUAUCAAAAUCCAGAUCAAACUAACUUUUCUCCAGGAGCAGCACAAUUUGGUAACAAUUUUUCGCAUACUAAUUUUUCAAACCAACACUCAGAACAAAUCAAUUGGGAGCAAUCCCAAUACAGUCAGGAAUUUCACAAGCCUAAUCGUUUCCACCCAUAUAGUAUGCAAGAACGAGUAUCUCAAGUGUCGUCAUCAAGUCCACUUUAUGGUCAACCAUUAAAUCAACCAACUCCAUCUCCAUCACCUAACCAAUGCGAUAAAUGUGGCUUUGUAUGUGAUUCAGCAGUUCAACUCAAUGAACACUGCAACUCUGCACAUGCGGGCACUAGUGCUGCUCCUUCUUCAGCGACUAUGCCUUUUCAACAAUUUUCUGGAAAAUACAAUAAUUCUGUUUAUCAAAAUGAUAAUGUAAAAGUUAAAGAAGAACACGAAGAAUCUUCCGAUAUACUAGAUUUAGAUUCACAGAAAGUUGUAUAUCAAGGUAAUGAAGGGGAGCAACAGAAUGUUUCAUAUGAAGAAACACAUUCUCAGGUUCGUGAGGUUAAUACAAGAACUGUUCCAAUGAUGCCAUGGGAAACCCAAAAAUUGUAUAACAAUCCUCAACUCAAUGGUGACGUAUCAUUAUUUAAAGAUCAAAAAAUGUUUGCCGAACAACAAAAAGCUUAUACGACAGAAGGAAAAAUGUUUCAUCCUGAUCAAAAGUUUGGAUAUUCACAAGAUAAAUUUUUAGUCCAUCAUGAUCAGAAGCCUUUUAUGCACGUAGAACAAAAGCUUUACCCCGGAGUUCAAAUGACACCAUUAUCUGAUUAUUCUGGAAAUGUUGCUUCGACUAAUUCGGAUAUGAAACCACCCUAUCGACCAUAUGAUUCACCUUCAGCACCACAAAUAACAAGUACACAACCUGCAAAUCCUACUUCUUCAUCUCUCCCGUCUAUUGGUGGAAAAGGUGCAAACUGGAAAUCAAAUGAAGCAAGAAGACCGAAAACUUACAACUGCACUGCCUGCAACAAAUGGUUUACUAGUUCGGGACAUUUAAAAAGACACUAUAACACAACUUUACAUAAAAAUGCGGUGAGGUCAUCGGGGCAACCAGAUCCUGCAACAAUGCCGAUUUCAAGUCAUCAUCAUCCUAGUCGAGACUCACUUCAAAAUCGCGCUCAACAACAGAGUGUUGAUUCUAAUACUCAAAGUCCUAUCCCAUCAGAUGACAGCCGGAGCGUAGAUGAGAGCGCUUUGCAGUCGCCUUACAAUCCUCAAAACUUCGAGCGCUCUCAUCGUGUAGCCGCCAUGCAGACCAAGUCACCAUACACGCAUCUUCAACAGGGUAAUUUAGAUAAUAGUUUCGGUAACAAUCCUUUAGUUAAUCAUACUUUACAGCAUCAAGUGGGUUCGCAUCCCAUAAAUAUAGGUAACCAACCACCGGGUAUGGGGAACCCCAAUGAUAAUUCUCAAGCGUCUAAAGGUUCUUCAAUUACAACUGGGGUGAAUCCCCCAAACGGGGAAGCAGGUCCCUCUGUUUCUCAAAAUCACCAUAUGAGGGGCCUGCUAUCAGUGUCAACCAGCAAUAUUGCAACUCCAGUUCCAACCCAGAGUACGCCAGCGCUUACGGCACACACGCUACCACCGUUCAGCCAUUUGGGUGUCAAUCCAUACAAUCCGAGGUCUACGGAUCCAUUGGGCCCUUCAGUACCGGACCACACGCACACCCCAUUAUAUUUGGGUCAGAAUUUUCAGCAGACUAUAGCACCGAAUUACCCAAACGGGAUGGCCCCCCACGUUAUGGAUAUGGCUAUCAACAAUCUGCCUAUAGCCAAUCCGGCUACUUUUGGUGAAUCGACACCAGAAGAAGUCAAUGUUAUGGAACAAGGAACGUCGAAUCUACCUGCAAGUGGACCGUUGCCGAGUUUUUCGCAGCUCCAAACGCAGAGCUUUAGCGUUUACGUUUCUAACUAUAUUACAUCGCCUAACGUGGGGGGUCAAGUUGUCACCGACGAAUCUACCGCCGGUUACAUUAUCGUCGAUCCAGUUAAUCCUAACGUGCAAUAUAACGAUCUUGAUAUUAACGAUCAAACUAUAGAUUUCGAUUAUAGCUUUGCCCCUAAAAUUGUUAAAGAAAAUGUAAUUAGUUACAAAACAGAUAAUAUAAAAGUAUAUCCUUACGGUUACGCGGUAGGAGGUAAAACUAUUAAACGAAAUAACGAUGACUUAGGAACUGACUCUAGCGAGCUUCAGAUUUUAGAAAUGGAGCGUGCUAUGGAUUAUGGAAACAAAGAAAAUUAUGAAAUGAAGUCUCCAGCGAGCCCGGAAAGUGCCAAGGCCGAGAAUGUAAACAAUCGAUCGCCAUCUAAUUCGUCUGCAAGUUCGAUUACACCGCUCACUGAAAGAAAUCGGAUUAAAAAGCCAGCACCCGUAAAAAUACAUAAAUGUUUUGAAUGUGACAAAUUAUUUAAUAAAGCUUGUUACCUCACACAACAUAACAAAACUUUCCAUUCGGGAGCUAAGCCUUUUAAGUGUGACCGGUGCGGUAAACGAUUCUCGGAUGGUGUUUCUUAUGAAGGCCAUUGUUUGAAGCACGCGGAAAAUAAACCUUUUAAAUGUCCUGAGUGUCCAAAAUCAUUUAACCACAAGACAGAUUUACGUCGACAUAUGUGCUUGCACUCUGGCUGUAAACCUUUUAAGUGCGAUCAUUGUGGUAAAGGUUUUAUCAGAAAAGAUCAUAUGGAGAAACAUUAUGAUACACAUACAAAAAAGAGUUUGCGAUCCCGACAAUCAUGUUAG